UUUAAAUUAAAACUUUCAUUUUACAGGUCAAGGGCCUCAGCAGCGCCGGCUGAAGGAUGAAAUCCAAGGCGAAGGCCGCGAAACACAGCCGGCAGCGCUGGGUCGAACCGGAGCCCGACUUCCCGCUGGAAACGGAGCCGGGGUCCAGCGAACACGAGGGCUCCGAGGUUUCCUUGCAGCUGAGCCGGUCCUGGAGGGCGGUCCGCGGAGAACGCGGCCGUGGCGCGCCGGGCUCCGCGCGGCGGCGGCAACGCGGCGGCGCGAAGGAGCGCAAUGUGCGGCGGCUGGAGAGCAACGAGAGAGAGCGGCAGAGGAUGCACAAGCUGAACAAUGCCUUCCAGGCCCUCCGCGAGGCCAUCCCGCACGUCAGGACAGACAAGAAGCUCUCCAAGAUCGAGACCCUCACCCUGGCCAAGAACUACAUCAAAGCCCUCACCGCCAUCGUCUUGGGCAUGUCAGGCAGCUGCCUGCCACAUGGUGAGGGCCAGGCUCAGGUGAGUGCCUCCAGACUGCUGCAGUGCUACCAGCAUCAUCUGGAGGAGGAGGGUGAAGAAAGUCUGUCCAGGUACCUGACUCAGAUCCACACCGUCGGCAAAGGCAGUUAGCCUGAGGACCGGUGCGCUGGCGCACACGUUCACCGAGGUCUGGUGCUGGUCCGGAGCCAGAUCACGAGACGGAAACCAAACAAAUGGAGAAGGAGCUGUUUGCUGAGGGAUCUGAAAGUCCUUCACGGCAGGUUCUGGAAGGAACAGGUUCAGCUGAAAGGACACGAGCCUACUCCUCCAGCUCAUGUUUUGACGUUUUCGUUUCGCCGUAAGUCUUUUUUUGCUUAAUGUACCUAGUAAGAGGUUCGAGAACAUACCGUAACGUGCUUUAACAAAUUCACUGUUGUCGAUGUCUGUAAUGCUUACUUCAGGUUUUUUCGGUGGAAGGUAGAUGUACUUAAAUCCUUUUAAAAAGCAUUAAUAUGAAGACCGAUAUCAAUGAAGACACACCAGUCCCAGAAAACACAAACAUAUAAGAGACGUCCACAUAUCCGGACUUCGAGAAUUUGUACCGCUCACCACGGUAGAAGGGAUGGACUUUUCAGUCUUUUUUAAUUUUUUUUUUUAUUUUUUAACCAAAUCCGUGACCGCUGUCCAUACAGACUGUACGCUCAGAUCAGUAACAGUUCGCUGCAGAUGAGUACUCAAAUGGCUGCGUGUACAAGCCGAGGAUUCUGGGUACGAUACCGUCGUAGUUUGUGUUUACUUGCUUACGUUGUAUUCUUCUGUGUGUUUUCAUUGCUGAAGGACACCGAAUCCCACAAAAGAGUACCAAAAAAAUUGGCGCUAACUACAAUCUACCGGGAAAAGUGCUGUAGAAGAGUUUUCCCGCUUUUUAACAAAUUAUAUCAUAGUUAAGUCUUCACUCUGGCUCCUGAUAAACUACUGUUUCUUUUAUAUUUGUUCUUUUUACAUUUUUCACUUUGACAUUCCAUUUAAAUUGCAGACUACACAUAAAUUCCUGGAACAACCAACAAAUAAGCUAAAAAAAAGUCCUGUACUACUGUUUCUUUGUAACUGUGAAAAUUGUGAUGAAACUUGCACUCUGCUGGCAGAAAAUCCAUGAAACCAUUUUAGUCGCGUCAAACUACACCGGUAGUACCGCGUUAUUUAAUAGGAACAACUAGUUUGAUAAGGAGACCCCUCUUUACAAGAGAACCAAAGAAGAAUGGUAAUACAAAAGCAUCAGUGCUUAUAAUAAUAUUUAGAAUGAACUUGUGUAAUAAUGGAAACGGCUUGCUUGACAUCCAGACCCUCAUCUCCCGGUUCAGGUAAAGGGGCAACAAUGUAUUUUCAGACACAGCUUGUGUUGCUCUAGUUUGUGACGAUUUUCCUGGAGUCGAAUGAUUUCCGCAUUUUCUACAUGAACUGACAGAUGUAAGAAGGGGAAGUUUGUUGUCCAGCCACAAUGUAAAAAAAUAUUUCUAGUGUGUAUUUCAAUAUUGGUGCAUCUUCUUACAUUUCAUCUGAACAUUUUCAUUUCAAUCAUUUAUACAUUAAAUAGAAACACAAAAGGUACCAGUAAUCCAGACACACUAACAUGUCCGUGAACUUUUCCUUGUUUCAUACAAGUCGGAUCUUCAGAUCUCCUCAUACUGACAGCCCAAUUGCUGAGAGCAAAUAGAUGACUGUACGUCGAGAUGGUGGUUUCAAUUAGACGUUGUCCUCGAAAUGCACGUAACCCCACCAGCAAAGAACAGAUCCCUGCUCUGCAGUAUUGGAUGGAACUCAUCGCAAAGGAUUUUGUUACUGAAGUUAUUUGGGUUUUUCUGAAAUAUAUGGCUGUUUUCAGUGGGACCACUAAAUCAUUUUAGAUUGUGUACAAGUUUUGUACAAGAUCAGACAAUAUUUUAAUGUCAGUUCUAGUCAGUCUUGUAUGUUUUGUUUAAGUCCAGGCUAAAAUGAACCAAAACAGUUUACAAAAGCUUUGGAAAUGUAGUGCUGCACAUUUCAAUACAAAAAUUGCAGGUUCUAG